GUGAAAUUAUAAACGACCCAGUACAAUAUCUAACCAGCCUAACCGAGUGAACGUCAACGUACUGUUUUUUUUAAAAACUUACUAUGCUAGCUGAUGAGCGAGAAAGCCCAGCAUGUGGAAACAUGGAUAAGUACAGCAGGAUCAACAAGAUCGGAGAAGGCUCCUUUGGGAAGGCCAUCCUCGUCAAGUCCAAGGAAGAUGGCAAGCAGUACGUCAUCAAGGAGAUCGGCAUCUCGAGGAUGUCCAGCAAGGAGCGGGAAGAGUCCCGCAAGGAGGUGGCUGUGCUGGGCAACAUGAGCCACCCCAACAUCGUCCGCUACAGGGAGUCCUUCGAGGAGAGCGGGUGUCUGUACAUAGUGAUGGAUUACUGCGAGGGUGGAGAUCUCUUCCGCCGCAUCAACACACAGAGAGGUGUGCUCUUUCCUGAAGACCAGAUCCUGGACUGGUUUGUGCAGAUCUGUCUGGCGCUGAAGCACGUUCAUGACCGCAAGAUUCUGCACCGGGACAUCAAAUCUCAGAAUAUAUUUCUGACCAAAGAUGGGACUGUGCAGCUGGGAGACUUUGGGAUUGCCAGGGUGCUCAACAGCACGGUGGAACUGGCCAGAACCUGCAUCGGGACCCCCUACUACCUGUCCCCAGAGAUCUGUGAAAACAAACCCUACAACAACAAGAGUGAUAUCUGGGCCCUGGGGUGUGUGCUGUAUGAGAUGUGCACACUUAAGCAUGCAUUUGAGGCGGGGAACAUGAAGAACCUGGUGCUGAAGAUCAUCCGGGGCUCGUACCCCCCCGUGCCCCAGCAGUACUCCCAGGACCUGCGCACCCUGCUGGGGCAGCUGUUCAGACGCAGCCCCCGGGAACGGCCCUCCGUCAGCGGCAUCCUGCUCAAAGCCUUCCUGGCCCGUAGGGUCCCCCGCCUCCUCUCCCCACAGCUCAUCGCUCAGGAAUUCAGACACACCGCCCUUCACCAGCUAGAACACAGCUCCCAGAAACCAGCGAAGCGUCCUGCUGUCAGCCCAGCCUCUGUAGCUCCUGCGCAGAAGAUCACUAAACCAGCCGCCAAAUAUGGAGUCCCUUUAGCCGCCCGCAAGCCACCGCCCCGCCACAGACCGGCCCCCGUGCCCAGCCCCCAGAGGACGAGAAGUCCAGCCCAGGAAGAGAGGAGGAAGCGUGAGGAGAACGCUCGGAAGAAACGAAUGGAGCUGAUGGAGAAAGACCGAAAACAAAGGGAGCAAGCACUGAGCCAGAUGAAGCGAUUUGAGCGGGAGAAGCUGAACCGGAUCAACCGGGCCCGAGAGCAGGGCUGGAGACACGUGCUGAGCUCCAGCGGAGGAGGGUCCAGUCCGGAGAGGAAGUUUUUUGGAGGAGGUGGUGGAGUGGGUGUGGCCCCUGGCCCUGUGGUGGGUGUGGCCCCUGCCCCGGACUCUGGCCGAAACCAGCUGGAGAAGCAGCAUCCCACCCCAGAACACAGCCCCAAACUACAGCCCAGAGAGGGACAUCCCACCCCAGAACACAGCCCCAAACUACAGCCCAGAGAGGGACAUCCCACCCCAGAACACAGCCCCAAACUACAGCCCAGAGAGGGACAUCCCACCCCAGAACACAGCCCCAAACUACAGCCCAGAGAGGGGGGCAGGGCUGGCAUGGGGAGCCCCAGCAGGAGAGCCAACAUGGGUGUGCCAGCAGCUGCCGGUCCUGUCAUGCCCAAUGGCCCCUCCCCCCUCCCCAAACACGAUGCUGUCCGGAGGGAGCUACGCCGGCUGGAGCUCGUUACCAGACAUGCUAAUGCUAACAGGCAGCGCGGGAUGGCGGCCGCUGAGAGGGCUCGACAGGUGGAGGACUUCUGGCAGCGCAAGAGAGAGGCCAUGCUGAACAAAGCCCGCGCCGAAGGCCAACUGGGCGCAGCUCUGUACGGAGGCCGGCCGAAUUCCGCCGCAGGCAGGAAACGCGCCCCCAACCGAGAGGAGGAGGAGUACUUGGCCCGGCUGCGUCAGAUCCGCCUGCAGAACUUCAACGAGCGGCAGCAGAUCAAGGCCCGCCUCAGAGGAGAAAAGUACGACAGCGAUGGAUCCGACAGUCAGGAGUCGAGUGACGAAGCACAGCUCAGGAGAAAGAAGAUUGAGGCUUUAAAGGCGCAGGCUGAGUCUCGGGCGGCGGUGCUGAAGGAGCAGCUGGAGCAGAAGAGGAGAGAGGCAUAUGACCGAGAGCGGAGGGCCUGGGAGGAGCAUGUGCGUGUGACCCCGCCUUCUGUUGUCAUGCUGGUCGCCCGGGGGGUGAAGGUGCCCCCCCCUCCAGACCCUGGUGCCCGAGCCCCCCCGUCCCCCAAACCCACCCCCCCAGCAAUCUCCAUGACAGCCGCACUGAAGGAUGUCGGCGCGGAAGUGACUUUGGCUCAGAGGGGACUGGACGACCCCACCAAGGUGGGCGGGGCUUCUCUCCAGAGUGAGAAGCGGGAGAUCCUGCGGCGGCUGAACCUCAGAGUGCGGAGCAGCGACGGUGAGGAGGAGGAGGAGGAAGAGCAGCCGGCCCCACCCUGCCCCGGCGGCCCGGCGGGGGACAGAGACCGCUGGGAGCCCCAGAAGCCCUUGGAGGACAGGUGCUCAGGUGCACAGGUAGGUCCCCCAGGGGAGAGACCACCCCCAAAGGAGAGACUGCCCCCAGAGGAUAGACCUGCCCCAGAGGAGAGACCGGCCCCCGUGGAGAGACCGGCCCCAGGGGAGAGACCUGCCCCAGGGGAGAGACCUGCCCCAGAGGAGAGACCGGCCCCCGUGGAGAGACCGGCCCCAGGGGAGAGUCCAGCCCCAGAGGAGAGACCUGCCCCAGAGGAGAGACCGGCCCCAGGGGAGAGACCGGCCCCAGAGGAGAGACCGGCCCCAGAGGAGAGACCGGCCCCAGGGGAGAGACCGGCCCCAGAGGAGAGACCGGCCCCAGGGGAGAGUCCAGCCCCAGAGGAGAGUCCAGCCCCAGCGGAGAGACCGGCCCCAGCGGAGCGCAGACGCUGGGAGGCUGGAGCCCCACCCCUCAUCUCUGUGGCCCAGCAGACCUUGGAGGAGACCAGCCUGGGCACAGCCGAGGGGACGUCGGGGGAGGUGAUCAGGCUGGACGUGGGGCAGGGGGAGGUCCCCCGGAGGGCUUGGGGGCGGAGCCCUGACACUCAGGUGCUGAGGGUUCUAGGAGAGGCGGAGCUACAGCCUGUCACCCUGUUGCUGGAGAAUACCAGUAUCCACGGAGACGCCAUAGCAGAAAGCCUGACAUUUACAGCAAGCCUGACAUUUACAGCAGAGAGUGGUGUAGGAGAGCCAAGAAUGCAAGAACCCCAAACCCAGCGAACAGAACCCAAAACGCAGGAACAGGAACCGAAAACCCUGGAACCAAAACCCAAUAUCCAGCAAACAGGACCCAAAACCCUGGAACCAGAACCCAAUAUCCAGCAAACAGGACCCAAAACCCUGGAACCAGAACCCAAUAUCCAGCAAACAGGACCCCAAACCCUGGAACCAGAACCCAAUAUCCAGCAAACAGGACCCCAAACCCUGGAACCAGAACCCAAAAUGCAGGGACCAGAACCCAAAACUCAGGAGAAAGCAGAAACUGCCUUAAUAUCAGCACCUGCUGCGAGUGAGACAGACGCAGAGGAGCUCCAGGACUUGGAGGUGGAGAUCCUGGAGGAGGGCCCCAGGCAGGCCUCAGCCCCCCAGUCUCCAUGCUGCAGGCCUGGGGGCAGCAGGCCCCCCUCCCCCCCACAGCCAGAGGCCAGCCUGGCCCCACUCCAGGCCCCGACAGAGCAGCCUGCUGACCAGCCGCCUCAGGAACCCAAAGAGGGUGAUGUGUUGUUCUGGCGGCGCCGGGCCCUGGCCCUGCUGGGCGCCCAGUCCUCCCAGUCCUCCCAGGAGGACUCCUCUGUGGCGUCUCGCUCCCGUUCCGCAUCGCCCGUCCGGCAGAAAGACUCGCUCCUCCUGGGCCUGUCCACCGGCCUGUUCGACGCCAACAACCCCAAGAUGCUGAGGACGUGCUCUCUGCCAGACCUCAGCAGGCUUUUUAGGAGUGGUGGGGGGACAGGGGAGGAGGCCGGGGGGCCCAACGCGGAGCCCCCCCCUAACCUGGAGCUGGAGGACCUGGAGGAGCCCAGCGCGGAUGACCAGGAGGAGGACAAUGCGUAUGACGAGGCAGAUGAAGAUCUCCAGGAGCUCAGGGCAUCCAUGGAGCGGCUGCUUCAGGAGCCAAGUGAGGAGGAGGAGGAGGAGGAGGAGGAGGAGGAAGAGGAUGGGGGCGGUGAGCAGGAUGAAGAUGAGGAAGAGGAUGGGGGCGGUGAGCAGGAUGAAGAUGAGGAAGAGGAUGGGGGCGGUGAGCAGGAUGAAGAUGAUGAAGAGGACGUGGCACCCCUGGAACCUGUCUCCAAUGGCCUGGGCGAGGGGGGGCGGGGCCAGAGCAGUGACCUCAACGAGGAGUGGCAGUCAGACGGGAGUGAGGAAGAGGAGGAGAGUGAGGCAGAGUACCAGGACAGCAUCUUCAGCCGUUUGGAGGAGCUCCGCUUCCGUCUGGAGCAGGAGAUGGGCUUUGAGAACUUCAUCCAGGCCUACAACAAGAUCAAGGCCAUCCAUGAGGAUGAGGAUGAGAACAUUGACCUGGCCUCCAGUCUGGUGCAGGAGGUCCUGGGGCCCCAGCACCAGCGCCUGUACCCCAAAAUCCUACACCUGGUGAUGGCUGACGGAGUCUACCAGGAGGACAAUGAUGAAGAGGAGUAACUCUCCCUGGUUGCCUGGGACACUCUGACUGGUGUCUUCCCAGGAUGCAGUGCGUGUGGGUGCCUGUGUGAUGCUCAGUGAGACACGUCUCAUCAUAACGCCUUCACACACGACUGUUCUGUAGAGUCAUCCCUUACCGAACCAACCAAAGUGUCAUUCUGAAUGUAAUUCCACACCUGUGUGUCUGUAGGUGUCAUCGCACACACACACACACACCCACGCACACACACCCACGCACACGCACGAACACCCACACGCACCCACACACACGCAAACACCCACAUACACAAACACCCACACGCACCCACACACGCACGAACACCCACAUACACAAACACCCACACGCACCCACGCACACGCACGAACACCCACGCACACACACCCACACACACAAACACCCACACGCACCCACGCACACGCACAAACACCCACAUAUACACACACACCACAGGUGGGCGGAGUUUUAGGAUCCGUUAUGAGUUUUAAUCAGUCUUUCCCUGGGAGGUGGAGCAAGCUGUUCAUCAGGGAUUAAUCAUCCAAUCCAAACGCAGAGCUUCCCCUCCACCGGUGCUUCCAUGGCGACCGGCCAUACCCACACCCAUCACUCCCGAUAUGCACUUUUAUGAUGAAAAAAAAAAAAAAAAGACUUUUUGAAAUGCUGACAUUUUUUUUUUCACUCUUUUAAUGGGUUGAUCCAGCGCUCGGGACUGUGUUUGUGUGGAAGUGUGAGUGUGAGUGUGAGUGUGAGUGUGUGAGUGUGAGUGUGAGUGUGUGUGUGUGUGUGUGUGUGUGUGUGUGUGUGUGUGUGUGAGUGUGAGUGUGAGUGUGUGAGAGUGUGAGAGUGUGUGAGUGAGUGUGUGGAAGUGUGUGUGUGUGGAAGUGUGUGGCCUGAUCUGCUGUUGGGGGCUCCUGUCUUUGAUAAUAAAGUGGAUAUUAUGUGACUUUAUAUGUACAAAAAAUAAAUAAUAAAUAAUAAAUGCUCACCUUUCUUA